UGCACUGAAAACAGGAUCUUUUUGCGGACAAAAAUGGUGGAAUCCGAAAGUUGUGCACUCUGCCUGACCACGCAAUCGAAAUGGUUUCUCGAGGUGUUCUGUGAAGAUAGUCAAUCGAAGGAUAUAGCGGUGAUAAUAUCGAAACACCUUUGGUUCGAUUUAAAACCGACUAAGCAAACGUACGUUUGUGCGGAUUGUUGGAAAAGUGUGCACGAUUUUCAUCUUUUCUACACCAAGCUUGAACGAAUACACCAUCUGGAAGAAGAAAUCACAGAGCCUCCUACGAAUAAUGCUAAAACCAACUCCGAGCCUCAUGAAGACUUCGAGUUUCAUCCCGUGGAAACGAUUAAGCUGGAACCGCUUGAGCACGACUAUGGGGACGAAACGGCGCAACCUAAGCAGGAAGAACACACAAAUGAAACAGUUCAAAAUGAAAGUGAAACAGAUCGCAAGAAAGAGCGCCCCAGAAGAUCUAAUGUUGCCACGGUGAAGUACAAAUCGGAGUCCUCCGAUAACGAGUGGGACGUUGGGGGUAAAGAUUUGCUCUCGCUGGAUCUCGAGGAUGACGAUGUGGACGAUGACGAUUUUAUGGAUGAUGAAGACGAUGAGGAUGACGACGAUUUCAUCAACUACGAUGCGAUAAACGAUAAUAAGGAACAGGUCGUUGUGAAGGAGGAGCAAAAAACUAACGAUGACACGAAGGUACCACACGCGGCUGGUGACACGGGAACGCCGGAUGUUCCGGUAAAACGUGGUAGAGGACGGCCACCUAAACGAAAGCUUGAUGAACAUGGGGCUCGCCAGCCUAGUGCGUCUUAUGGGGCCUCGCUAAAGGUUCGCAAGCGGCGGGCUCGGAAAAGAAUGGAUUCGAUCUCCUCCAGCGACUCGGAGUUGGACGAUGGGUCGGACUUUGAACGUAAAGAAUGGAAAAAAUUGCGCGCAAAGUCGAAGAAGGACAGGGGCAAGCCGCUCGGCAGUCGGCAGAUGCGGGAUAAGCGAAUAUUUUCCUACGUCGAUGAAUUCUUCUGCUACUACUGCCCGGAAAAGGUUCUUUUUGAACGGUUCCACCAUGCGAACCAACACUACAAGCGGGUGCAUGAUGAGCCGGCCUUUCUGCGGUGUCCCAAGUGUGGCAAGAAGUGUUUCACCCCCGGUGGCUUUGUGAGCCACAUGGAGACACACGAUGAUCCGGAGAAAAAUAAGUGUAAAAUUUGCGGAAAAGUAACCGACCAGAAGAUUACCCUAAAAAAGCACAUGCGUGCGCACCAGGUGAAACUGGAAGAGAAUCUCCCAUACGCCUGCAGUCAGUGUCCGCGACGGUUCGAGCAGGAAAAGAAACGGGACAAACACGAGCGUCUGCACGGGCGUAAGAUAGUGAUCAAAAAGGAAAAAGGACGCGACCUGGAGCUGCUCGCGUUUUACAAGCGCAUCUACUGUGAGGUGUGCGAGGAAGCCAAACCGGAGUCAACCUCUUUCGACAAUUUUUGGGAUCUGAAGGUGCACAUGGGCAACGAGCAUAACAAAACGCCGUACCUAAAGUGUCCGAUAUGCUUCAAGAAGAAUGCCUGCCGCCAGCAGCUGAUGGUGCAUGUGGAUGUGCACAAUAAUCCGGAGCACUAUCGAUGCGAAGUUUGCAAGGAGAUACAUCAGAAUCUUGAAAAACACAUGAUUAAGGCUCACUCACCGGAAACGACAAUACCGGAUGAAAAGAACUAUAGCUGUGAGCACUGUGGAAAAAUGUUUAAAUUCAAAACAAAUCUUCGGAGCCAUAUCGAUCGAGUGCACGGAGUUAAGGAUGUUUGCUGUAAUAUCUGCAAUAAAUACUUCAACCACAAGGCACUCAGUGCACACAAGCGAUCGGCGCACACCGAUGAGAUGUUCAUGUGCGAGCACUGCCCGAAAAUGUUCAAAACACGCAGCGGACUCGAAUCGCACAAAGGGGACCACGACGAGAAUCAGCGCAAGUCAGUCAAGUGCACUCUGUGUGGCAAAGAAAUGCGGCGCGGUGCCAGUAUGGCGAAGCACAUGAAAACCAUCCACUCGCAGGAAGAUCCGGUCAACUGCAACCUAUGCGGUAAGGUGUUCCGUACGUCAUUCCACAUGAUGCGCCACCGGGCGAACACGUGUGCGGCUACGAUCAGCUCGCGGCCGUACAAGUGCGAAGUGUGCGGGAAGGGUUUUGCCAUGAAGCUAACAAUGACCGAGCACAUGACGACGCACACGCGCACCAGUCUGUACCAGUGUGCGUUUUGCUUCAAAACGUUCGGCUACAUUUCUAAUCUUUAUAAGCACCGCAAGAAGGCGCAUCCGCUUGAGUGGCAGGAAGUGCAGGCACGACCAGACCAAGGUAUCGCCACGGUGAUCGAGAUGCGCAACUAGGCAGUAUGUGUCGUUAUGCAUUCGGCACUCUUUUUCAUAGUAAAUCAGCCAUAGCCAUCACUUCAGUAUCCGAGGAAGCGUGGCACGUUGAACGUGCUUGAUAUGGAAAGGCGCCAUAAAAGCUAGAAGACUGAUAUUAUUUUCCCUUGUGCAAAAGCGAUAGGAUUAUUUUAUUCGAUUUAGAUUAUUUCACACCUUUUAAUGGAGCUUUAUUUUGACUUCUUUUGCAAAGCAUGUAUAAUUUAUUUCCUUCUGCUAAGCAUCUAUUAUUUGGUUACGUAUAACAAAUGGCACCUAUUCACUUUCAAUUUGCAACUUAUUCAUAUAUUGUAUUAAUAUAUUUUUUAUCAUAAGUGGUCGCUGGAGAUCAACAUUUUUUUUAACAUAUCUUACUUUCGUGAAAAGUAUAUCAUUCAUUGAGGCGUUAAGGGAUAGUGUAAUAACUCCUAGUGAUAAUACUCAGCAAAUGCAACAAUGUCCCGAUUGUAUGAUUGGUCAAAAUUUAAUUAGUAACAAUAACCCGCCAGAGAGCACACAGCGAAUAAGUGGUUUUAAUUUUGAGACCGCCAAUUUAAAUAAGAGAUAUGCUUUCACAAUAAGCUUGUAGGUUGAUAUAGAAUAGUGAGAUUUAAGAAACAAAUACAGGUGAACGUCGAUUAUCCGGGUGUGUCGGGACCGGGAGGUCCCCGGAUAAUCGAAUUCCACGGAUAAUCGAACAUAUACUAAAAUACGUUUAUAAUACCUGGUUUGAGUCUUGGCUAGUUCACUUUUGAACAGUUCCAGUUAGUUGGUUAAUCAUAAAACUUGUUUGAAUUAUUUUUUUAUGGUAAUUUUGAAUGCUAAUUUCGAUCAGACAAAUUUUAUUUGACACUAUUCCUAAAAAAAUGUUGUGAACCAACCUGAUAUUCAUGGA